AAAUAAUAAUCCGGGCUUAUUGAAUAUUUAAUUAAAUUUCACAUAGCUCCGCAUAAUAUAGCAGUUAUCAAUUUGGUUUGCACGUGUCUGAGCCGCCAAUCUGUCAAUUGCAUUGUGGCAUUGGCAUUUUCUUGAUUCGCAAUAAAAUAUUCAAAUAAUAUGGGCGACCUAAAUUCAGAUGACGACAGUGGUGGUUCUGCGUCCGGUUCCAGUCGCAGUGGCAGCCGCAGUCGCAGCGUCACACCGCAAGGCAGCGCGCCAAGAUCCCCACACAGUCGCAAGUCCGGCAGCGGCAGCGAUCGUUCACGCUCUGGCUCCAGAUCCUCUCGAUCACGUUCUGGCUCUGGUUCGCCGCAUAGUGCUCGUUCUGGUUCAGCUGCCAGUCGGCGGUCUCGGUCCCGCUCCCGCUCUGGAUCAGCACAUAGCCGGCGUUCUGGCUCUGCACAGAGCGCUCAUUCCCGUUCCCAUAGCGAACGAUCCCAAUCCCAUAGUGGGAGGGAAGAGUCCCGAUCCAAUUCACCUAAUUUACAAAUUGAUGAUCAGCGUGCUAAUUCUAAAAGCAAGAGCCGUAGUCGCAGUCGCAGCGGUAGUCGCACUUCCCGAUCCCGGUCUCGGUCAAAGUCAGGCACUCCCCGCUCUGGACGCACAUCGCGUAGCCGGAGCGGGUCAGCCUCAGGGUCUGGCAGUGACAUUGGCGUGCCCAAGAAAAAGCAGCGCCGGCAAAGCGCCUCGGACACCGAGAAACGUAAGAGCGGCAGUGAUAGCGAUGCAGCCACGCCCACAAAAGCCAAGAAGGCGCGCCUUAUCGACUCGGACAGCGAUGAGGAUGCAUCGCCUAAGAAAGCACCUGCUGCUUCGGAUAUCUUUGGCGAUGCGGACGACAUCAGUGACGAUGAGGAGACAGCGCAACAGGCAGCCAAAUCUCCUGCUGGUAGUGCCGGCCGCUCGCGCAGUCGCAGCCAGAGCAAGUCGCGUUCACGCAGUCGUUCCGUAAGCCGGUCCCGGAGUCGAUCCCGCUCCCGCGACGCAGAGCCGCGACAGACACAGGCUACAGCUAAGGAGGAUGAACCAGAGCCGUUGCCCGAGACCCGAAUCGAAGUCGAAAUUCCGCGAAUAUCUGCAGAUCUUGGCAAAGAGCAACAUUUCAUAAAGUUACCCAACUUUUUGUCCGUUGUCACGCAUCCGUUUGAUCCGGAAACCUACGAGGAUGAAAUCGACGAGGAAGAGACCAUGGAUGAAGAAGGACGACAGCGCAUCAAGCUCAAAGUGAGCAACACGAUCCGCUGGCGCGAGUACAUGAAUAACAAGGGCGAUAUGGUCCGCGAGUCGAAUGCUCGAUUCGUCCGCUGGUCCGAUGGCAGCAUGAGUCUGCAUCUGGGAAACGAAAUCUUCGAUGCCUACCGCCAGCCACUGGUGGGUGAUCACAACCAUUUGUUUAUCCGACAAGGCACAGGUCUCCAGGGACAGUCGGUAUUCCGUACUAAGCUCACCUUCCGACCGCAUUCGACAGAGUCGUUCACCCACAAGAAGAUUACCAUGUCGCUGGCUGAUCGAUCGAGCAAAACGAGUGGCAUUAAGAUACUUACACAGGUGGGCAAGGAUCCCACCACAGAUCGCUACUCCCAGCUCAAGGAGGAAGAGGCUAAGCUCCGCCUGGCCAUGCGCACACAGCACAAGGCACAGCCGAAAAAGAAAAAGGCUGGUGCCGGUGAACCGCUCAUCGGUGGCGGCAAUUCAUCCUAUCAGCAUGACGAUGGCAGCGACGACGAGAAUGCCAUUAGUCUUAGCGCUAUCAAGAAUCGAUAUAAGAAGGGAUCCGCCGGUGGCCAGUCAGAGCAAAAAGCCUCAACCAUUUACUCGUCUGAUGACGAUGAGGGAUCCGAUUUUGAGGCGCGUCGCAGCAAAAAGGUGAACAAGGCCAAGGCAAGCAAAGCUCUGAGGGACUCGGACAGCGAAUCUGAUGCUGGCAGUGGCAAAAGCGGAGGAGCUGGUGGCGCCGCAAGUGGCAGCGACAACGAUAGUCACAAAAGCGGCAGCAAAUCCGCCAGUGGCAGUGGAAGUGGCUCUGGCAGCGGCAGUGGCAGUGGCAGCGGCAGUGACAAUGAUGAUUAGCUUAUGUAAUCAAAUAAAUGUUAAAUUUUACAUGUGUAAAUUGUUUAAACUGCGCAUUGUAAUGAGAUAUUUAGUAUCAAUAAAUAGGAUAAAACCAGGAAA